AGGGUCCAACAACUGUCAAGCAUAGCCCAUUUGUUACUAGCAGGACAGUGAGACAAAUUGUUUCGGGUCGUCGCCGGCGAAGAGACGCUUGCUAAAGGUGGCCUUUGGGGAGACAAUUCCGGCACAGAAAGGUCAUGGACGUAGAGACCGACUCCUCAAUCGUUCCAUUGCCGGAAGCCUUUCUCGUUUUUCUGAAUCAGAAUGGCUUAGACUCUUCGAUUUACGCCUCCUCGGAUUCAAUACCUCGUUAUGUUAGAUUAAAGCCAGGUAAUGAGGCUAAUGUAGAGGCAAUUGAAGUCGACAUUGGAUGUAAACUUGAAAAGGUGUUUUGGUUGCCGAAUUUCUAUUGUCUCGCACCUGAUGUUAGAAUAGCUAGCUCAAAAGCGUACCAAAAUGGAAUGAUAUAUGGAAUUGAUGCAGCAUCUGGAGCUGCUGUGUUAGCUUUGGACAUCUCAGCAGGAGACCAUGUCCUUGAUCUUUGUGCUGCUCCUGGUGCUAAACUAUGUAUGAUAUUGGAUAGUCUUGGAAACUCUGGUUCUGUGUCCGGUGUAGAUAUUGCCAAACACCGCCUAGCAGCCUGUAGAAGCAUGCUACUAAAGUAUGGAUUGGGUGAUCGUUGUCGUCUAUUUGUUGCUGAUGGAACCACAUUUUCACUUCUUCCUGUUAAAGCCAUACCGGUUUCAGAAUCUCAAAAUCAAUUGGAAGUAUACAAGGAGUGGAAAUCCCGCAGGCCAUGGAAGGAAAGGAGAAGGGAGGCUUUAGCAAGGGAAAAUGGAUAUUCAAAAUUUUCUUCACCAACUCAAGAACCAGAGCUUCUAUUUUAUGGAAAAAAAUCUGGGGUAGUUGGGCUAACAAGAAAUACACUGUAUCAGAGGGUGCAUUGUGGUAAUGUGUAUGAGUUUGGCUAUGAUAAGGUUCUUGUGGAUGCAGAGUGCACCCAUGAUGGUUCGAUCAAACAUAUCCAAAAAUUUGAACAGUGGGGCUGGACAACCCUCCAGCGCCGUGUAUUGGAUGCAGAAAGGACUGAUGACCUGCCCAUCCUUCAGCUUAAACUUUUAACAAAUGGGUUCAAGUUGCUAAAAGUUGGAGGAUUUCUUGUCUACAGCACUUGCAGUUUAACUGAUGCACAAAAUGAAGAUGUAGUGGAUAAGUUCCUUUCUGAGAACUCUUCUGCAGAGUUAGUUGAGAUUGAUGGUGCCAGAAACUGGCCCUGUAAGGAUGGGCGGAUACCCAAAACUAUCCGAUUUGAUCCGUUGAUAUCUGGCACAAGUGGUCUGUUUAUUGCAAAGUUCACAAAAGUAGCCCUGUGGUGCGGAAUUCACUGAUUGAUGCUACCAGUCUUUCAAGAGCUGAUGCAAGUGUAACGCUUGGAUUUCAGCCAAAAGAAAUCUGAGCCUCAAAGCAGCCACACAAUAACAAGAAAUCUGAACCUCAAAGAAAUCUGAAGCUUAUACGAAGUAUAUGUUUUUAGUCCACUCCCAUAUACAGUGUUUUCUAUUUUAGGUUGUACGUUAUUUGUUUGGUUUUUUCAUCCUUAUAAUUUUAUGUUGGUUUUGUUAUUUACUUUGAUGAUCC